UACUUCCGUGUACGUUACCAGUCGAGCUUUACUGAAUAAUUCUUCUGAACGUACUGAAACCUCGAACAGUACGUCUCAUCGCUCCUUUACUCGAGUAAAAUAUCAUAAAUUAUAUCUUCGUGUCCGGAUAAAAUCGUUUCCGUGUACGUCGAAGCUUCUGGAGCUUCGUUUAGCUUGCUAGCUGUUUAUAAACGAGAUGCGUGUGUUAGCAACAGUUCGCUAAGCAGAGAUCAAGCGUGACCGUAAAGUGUUGUGAUUAUCGCGCGAAAAUGUGUGCAACAAGUGUGAAAGAAGAGUACGAGGAGAAACUUUCACGGAAAAAAGAGUACAACGAGCGACAACGUCAACUGCUGGACGCCGAAUUCAAGCAGCCUCAAAAUUUGUUACACAGAGCAGACCUCAGCGAAGAAGAUCUUCGUCCUGAGCAGCAGGAUCUACAACCGUUUGAAAUUAAAGAGGAAGACGAGGAGAAUGAUAUCACCAACUUUCCAUUGAAUGUUGUCAUUGUGAAGAAUGAAGACGUUGACAAAGAAGAAGAUGAUGGAUACCAGUGUGGCGGAUCCAUAUCAGGCAACCUCUUAGCGCCACUAUCAGAUAGCGACGACAUAAUGUCACAGUCUCCUGACACUGACGACGACGAUGAUGAGGAAGAACAAUCGACAGGUGAUAUGACAUCUCCCACUGACAACACACACUGGAAAUGCUUGCAGUGUGGGAUGACAUUCAGUUCACAGUGGGAUUUGAAUGUCCACACGAGAAGUCACGCAAGAGAGAAACCUUUCAUUUGCUCAGUUUGUGGCAAACGCUUCACACGUAAGGAAAAAUUGAACAUACACACGAGGUCACACACAGGAGAGAAACCUUUUAUCUGCUCUGUGUGCGGUAAAACCUUUACUCACAAGGGACAUUUGAACUUGCACAUGGGAACGCACACUGGCGAAAAACCUUUUUCUUGUUCAGUUUGUAGUAAACACUUCACGCGUAAGGCACAUUUGAACAAACACAUGAAAAUACACACGGGAGAGAAACCGUUUGCCUGUUCAAUCUGCCGCUUAAGUUUCAGCGAACGCCCGGGAUUGGUUCUUCACAUGAGAACGCACACUGGGGAGAAACCUUAUUCCUGCUUGGUGUGUGGCAAAAGUUUCUCUCUAAGUCGCAAUUUGACAAGGCACAGAAGAAGGCACACCGGUGAGAAACCAUUCACUUGCAGUGUGUGUGACGAACAGUUCUCUUAUAAGUAUCAGAUGAACAAACACAAGUGUGCCGCUGAGAUGAGCGGCAGCCAGUGAACCUGCAGAACUUGAAGUCAACGAUGAAGAAACUUCGACUGCCGUAACAAGCUCGGAAAUUUCGAGUGCUUGUGGUCCAAUGGAAAUCUUGUUUAUGGAUUAUAACUAAAAUACAAGUCAUCUAACUUUUUUAUUAAUCACACUCUCUAAUUGGUAGAUUUUUUUUUAAAGAAUUGCCUAUCAAUAAUAGUGUGUUUCAACUUUAAGCACUGAUAUAGCAAUCAUGUUGAUAAUGUGUGAUCUAGUAAUGUGGAAAUAAAAGAGGAAUAACAUGGAAUAAGAUCCAGGAGAGAGUCUUUUGCGUUGGGUGAAAGGGGUUUGAAGCAGGACGAAGAGUCAGAACCCCGAUUUAAAGACAAAGAGGACCCAGAGACCCUCACAUUAAAGAGGAAGAGGAGCCGGAGCCCCCCCCCCACAUUAAACAAGAAUCAAUGUUACUUCUACAAAACAGACAGACAGAUUUGAAAAAAAUAGCUAGAAUAGGAUUUAUUUGUCAUCGUUAGUAAGUUCACGGUGAAGGUCUCCGCGGCUCAGCUGCUCGCGCUCGGCGUUUUACUGCUCGCCGUCGAGGAUCUCGACUUUCUCAAAGACAUGACGAACCACAAAAAGAUGAAGAAACCUGCCGGGAGGAGAGAGACGGCCGGUGAGGAGGCGACAGAGGGCGAGCGAGGAGGACGGUUAGAAACGUUUGGCGGACCUUGCAGUGAGUUGAGGAUGCAGAAGAGGUAGAGGCCCACUGUGGUCAGGUGGCCGAAGGAGAAGAAGAUGAGGCCCCAGGUGAUGCCCAGCAGGGCGCUGAGUCCCAGCACCGUGAUGAUGUUCUGCUUGGCUCGCCCUCGCUCGUCCUGACCAAACUGACUCGCGCAACCGCAGUUUAAAGCCAUAUAUUUUUGGAGAAUCAAUUCAAUAAGACAUUUUCCAGAUGAAAUAAAGAUUUUGAGAGAAUACA